AUGACGUUGGCUAUUCACCUGGUGUACACUUGCCCUUUGAUUGAAUAUGACGCAUGGUAUAAUAGCAAUUACCGCACAGAUCUGGAGAACGGGCGGAACAAAAUUAAAGAUGGCGAAGCACCUUGCCCAUUUCUUUGGUUCGAGGUUUUCACAAGUGUUUCGACACAGAUAUUUUAAGUCAGGUAUCAUGUGUAUUCAACAUCCAAGCUUUUCUUUGGAGAGGUGUAUCAGUAUCUCUACAUCGGUGAGCAAGUAUUAUGUGAAACCUAACUAUUUGAAAAGAUGGGCUAGACGUGACCAAAAGAGACGUGAUAUGUUUGCAGAAUACGAAGAAAAAAGAGGCCGAUUGAGAAUGAUUAGUAAGUGUGAUAUAUUACCAUCAAACAUCCGCAAUCAUGCUGCAACUGAACUUGCCGAGUUGCCUAAAGACAGUUCCAUCACAAGGAUAAGAAAUCGUUGUGUUCUCACUGAUAGAGGACGUGGUGUUAUUGGGCGUUUCAGAAUAUCAAGAAUUAUGUUUAAAUAUUAUGCGGAAAAGGGUUUGAUUGCUGGUGUGCAAAGAUCUCAGUGGUAAAAAAAAUCAACUAAAAAUAUCAAGGAAAGACUGAGUUUUUAAAUGGUCAGAUUUACAAGUAUUGUUGUGAUGCAAUUCAAAAAGUUCUUUUUUAAUUGAACAAUAACAUCGCAUGUAUGGUGUUUUCUAACCAAUGAACAUCAAUAGUCAAGUUUUGAUUUUUUCUAAAAUACUUGCAGCGCGUUGUUUAGUUGCAUUGUGAGAAUUUUUUGAAAAUGUUUCUAGUUUGUGGAGGAUUCCGCUAUCUUCUAGCUUGCUUUUCUCAACCAGACCUGAAAGAGAUGAAAAGAUUUUAAAACAUCCUUAAUUUUAUGUAGGGUUUUUUCAUUUUAUUCUACCAAUAAAAGAUGGCAAUCACCUUUUAUAAA